AUGUCUGGUGAUAUCGCGUAUUCUCCCGACGGCACUCGGCUUGCGGUAGCGAGUAGUAUCGGUAUUUGGCUGUACGAUACGGAGACCCAUCAAGAGGUCGCGCUGCUCACAGGGCAUACGGAUUGGGUCAUUAGUGUAUCGUUCAGUCCCGAUGGUAACACUGUCGCCAGUGGGAGUUGGGACAAGACGGUGCGGUUGUGGGACGCUGCUACGGGAGAGGAGCACGCGACUCUUAUGGGGCAUACGGAUUGGGUCACUAGUGUAGUGUUUAGUCCCGACGGUGGUACGGUCGCCAGUGGGAGUUGGGACAGUACGGUUCGUCUAUGGGAUGCUGUAACGGGCGAGGAGAAAGCGACGUUGAGAGGGCAUACGGGGUUUGUCAAUAGUGUAUCGUUCAGCUCCGAUGGUAGUACACUCGCCAGUGGGAGUUGGGACAGUACGGUUCGUCUAUGGGAUGCUGUAACGGGCGAGGAGAAAGCGACGUUGAGAGGGCAUACGGGGUUUGUCAAUAGUGUAUCGUUCAGUCCCGAUGGUAGCACUGUCGCUAGUGGGAGUAGGGACAGUACGGUUCGUUUAUGGGAUGCUGACACCGUUACGGGCGAGGAGAAAGCGACGUUGAGGGGGCAUACGGGGUUUGUCAAUAGUGUAUCGUUUAGUCCCGGCGGUAAUACACUCGCCAGUGGGAGUAGUGACAACACGGUUCGUUUAUGGGAUGCUGUGACGGGCGAGGAGAAAGCGACGUUGAGGGGACAUACGGAGGUUGUCUCUAGUGUAUCGUUCAGUCCCGAUGGUAGCACUGUCGCCAGUGGGAGUUGGGACAGUACGGUUCGUCUAUGGGAUGCUGUGACGGGCGAGGAGAAAGCGACCCUUGCAGGACAUACAGGGUUUGUCAAGAGUGUAUCGUUCAGUCCUGAUGGUAGCACCCUCGCUAGUGGGAGUUCGGAUGGCACAAUUCUCCUAUGGGAGGUUAUACCUGCUCCAUCAGAGCCGGAAAAAAUCGCAGGCGAUAUCAACCGCGAUGGCGUGGUCAACAUCUCUGAUUUACUGUUCGUUGCCAAGGCACUUGGCAGAACCGAACCGAAUGAUGCCGAUGUCAACGGCGAUGGUGCUAUCAACAUCCUUGAUUUGGUACUUGUUGCCUCAACCUUUGGUAACACAGCAGCCGCGCCUUUAGCGCGCGCACAGAUAGUGUCCACCCUCACCGCUGCCGAUGUCGAGAGAUGGUUGACACAAGCGGAGCAAGUGGCACUGACAGAUCCCGCCUACCUACGCGGCAUUGCCGUGCUGGAACAACUCCUCUCUAUGUUGACACCGAAGGAAACCAUCUUAUUGCCCAACUAUCCCAACCCGUUCAACCCGGAAACAUGGAUACCGUAUCAUCUGGCAAAUGCCAGCGAUGUGCAGAUCUCAAUCUACGACACCAACGGUGCGUUAGUGCGUCAAUUGGAUCUGGGUCAUCAGCAGGCUGGCUAUUACACGAAUCGAAGCCGUGCCCGUGUAUUGGGAUGGACGCAACGAGUUCGGUGA